GACCAUCAUACAAAUACCUGAGGGGAAUAAUUGGUGGUACAAAGCUUGCAAGUGCAACAAAAAAGUUAUUUGGGAUGAGAAAAUGUAUUUUUGUGAUAGUUGUAACCGUCAUUAUUUUUCCAUGAUCCCUAGGUUCUGUUUGCAAGUCAAAGUAAAGCAGGGUAAUGACAUUGCUACAUUGGUCAUAUUUGACAAAGAAGCGAGUGCUCUUCUUGAAACUACCUGUGCUGACUUGGUUGAUUCGUCAACAAAGAAUCCUGCUGGCUCUGGCUCUACAACUCCUGUUGAAUUACUUAAGUUGUUGGAAAAGACCUUUCUCUUUAGGAUUGAAGUUAACAACACUUCAAGCUACAGGUUUGAGCUAUCAAAUCGUGACAAAAAAAUUUGUGGAGAUCUCGGCUCCAGGUUUGAGCCAUCAUAUCGUGUCAAGAAAAUCUGUGCAGAUCCCGACUUAAUUGCUCAAUUCAAGGAAGCUCUCCCUCCUCCUAAUGACGACACUGCUCCAUUAUUGUUGCUAGAAACACCUACAUCUGAUGAGAGUGUUGAAAACGCGAGUUCCAAUUUGGCCAAGGAUCUUAAUGAAGAGUUUGUUGCUGCUGCGAGUGCUGAUGUUGUUGAUCUGAUGACAAACAAUGUAGUUGAUCCUAACAUAGAAAAAGAAGAAGUACCACCAUGCAAGCGGAGCACUCACUCGGAGAAUGAAGGAGUUGGUUCAACUAAUAACAAGAAGAAGCUGAUCAAGAAGAUUAAGAAGGAGAAGAAUUGAUCAAUCAUAUUUUGGAUGUUAAUUUUAUGUAUUGAACUUAUCAUGUUCCUUUUUUAGGCGUUAUGUUUGUUUUUUAAGUAUUUCAUGUUUUCAUGCAUUUGGCUUAGGCGUAAUGUUUGUUGUUUAAGUAUUGUUUGUUGUUUAAGUAUUUCAUGUUUUCAUGUAUUUGGCUUAGGCGUUAUGUAACCAGAUAUACUAAAUAUACUAUCUUAA